CCGGAGCGGCUGCGCUUCCGUCUCUGGUUUUCCUUCAGUGUUUGGAUUUCUUCGCCGCCCGCCAAGAUGAAUCGGUUCUUCGGGAAAGCGAAACCCAAGGCUCCGCCGCCCAGCCUGACUGACUGCAUUGGCACGGUGGAUAGCAGGGCAGAAUCCAUUGACAAAAAGAUUUCCCGACUGGAUGCUGAGCUGGUGAAGUAUAAAGAUCAAAUCAAGAAGAUGAGAGAGGGUCCUGCCAAGAACAUGGUCAAACAGAAAGCCCUGCGGGUUUUAAAGCAAAAGCGGAUGUAUGAGCAGCAGCGAGACAACCUUGCCCAGCAGUCCUUUAACAUGGAACAAGCCAAUUAUACCAUCCAGUCACUGAAGGACACCAAGACCACGGUUGAUGCCAUGAAACUGGGAGUGAAGGAAAUGAAGAAAGCCUAUAAGCUAGUGAAAAUCGACCAGAUUGAGGAUUUACAAGACCAGCUGGAAGAUAUGAUGGAAGACGCAAAUGAAAUCCAAGAAGCACUGAGUCGCAGCUACGGCACCCCAGAACUAGAUGAAGAUGACCUAGAAGCAGAGUUGGAUGCACUGGGUGACGAGCUCCUGGCUGAUGAAGAUAGUUCUUACUUAGAUGAAGCAGCAUCUGCACCUGCAAUUCCAGAAGGUGUUCCCACUGACACGAAAAACAAGGAUGGAGUCCUGGUGGAUGAGUUUGGGUUGCCGCAGAUCCCUGCUUCAUAGACAUCAGCAUUCCGGUUCAUCAUAUGAAAUAAAUACAUAUUCUGGGACUGGAAGUACUCCGUAUUUGCCAAACAGAUUUAGGUUUCUUUCUUUUCUUUAAAGGAAAAGUUAAUAACACUGCUCCUUUAUUUUUAUCUUUCCGUUAAGAAACUCAGUGCUUUGGGGAAGCUUUCUUUUACUAAAAUUCGAUUCUUUUUCUCUUAGGAAAAACUAAGCACCUUUGACUUCGUAUGGCUUGUUUUCAUUCAUUAACGAUAAUUUGAAAUAAAACCAAGGAGAUAAGAAUGUUUAAGUUCUAUGGUAGUAUAACCCUGCAGUCUCAGUAUGACUUGAUAAACUGAUAGGGUGAAGAUGAAAUUAUCGAGACUGUUCAUUAGUCCCAGCACUUAGGAGGCAGAGGCAGGUAGAUCUCUGUGAGAUUGAGGACAGCCAGGUCUACAUUGCGAAUUCCAGGCCAGCUGUGGCUGCAGGGAGACCCUGUCUCAAAAGACCAAAAAACAAAACAAAAAAAAAAAAAAAAAAAAAAAAAAAAAAAAAAAGGAAGAUAAAGAAGAAACAAACAAAAAACAUUGUCUCUUGUGGUAUUAUAGGUGAGUUAAAAUGAUGGCCUUUUUUGAUAGAUUUUGUUGUGUCAUGUGAGCAAGUCAGUACUGUGUCUAAGUUGGAAUGAAUUGUCACUACUGUAUCAUGACUUGAUAUUUGAUUCCAUGGAUCCCUCAGUAUUAUAGCCUGACUUUAAUGAAUAAUGAAUAUUUCUUGAUAUUUAAUGUAUAGGACAUUUAUUUAUACUCAAUAAAUAUUUUUCAAAAGGA